CGAAACCAUAUCAUCAACAAAUCAUCGAGCGAUCAGCAUAAAAACCCGAACCACGUAAUUAAACUUGUGCAGGGUGACUUCAAGGAUUUUUUAUGUAGUAAUGCAAGAAGAUCGAUGGAAAAUCACAAGAUGAAAAUCACUUCUUAUGCAACAAUGAAACAGGCGUGUUAUUCAACAAUCAACAUUGUCGUAUAACUCUCGUUUUACUCUAUUACAACGUAUUAUCAACUCAUAUUACCGAACUUCGUAAAUAUGUGUUUUCUUUACAUUUUUUACAUCGUCAAUUUCCCGAACUGUCGUAACAAAACAUCGUUCAUGCAUGUCAAGGAAGGUACAACGAAUUGGAGUCAUUGGCCAAAUAAGUCCAUCCUCUGUUUUUCACAGUACAGUUCUUCUUUCCAAAACGAAUGACAAAAAAGAGCGGAUAAUAAGAAAAUCCUCGAGAGAUAAAAUAAAACCCUAGUCUAAAAAAUCUUUUCUUUAUCUGAUGAAGUGGUUAGUUUUUGGAAUAUCCAUGGCCGAGAGAGAACGUGAGCUUGGGAAAUCUCCAAGAAAGUGAAAGAAAGAGAGAGAGAGACAUGGUUGGUAGAAGAAAUGUGGUGCAGAGAGAAACCACCAUAAUCGGCUGUAGUAAGGUUGGCUCAAAGGUUCACGAAAAGGCCACACUUCUUUAUGAAGCGAAACGCCUUCUUCUUCUUCUUCCCCCCUGUGUUGUUUGAAGUCCUCCAUAAUACAGCCGCCCCCAGUUGCCACUUUCGUACGUGAAAGCUCGACCCCGGCCCUUUUUAUUUACCUUUUCUCUCUUACCCGUCUUUAAUGGCUAAAAACAGGUCGAUUAGCUAGAAAACAAACAAACCAACAAACUGGAAAAACUCAGAGCGCCACAUGUUUCCCUUGGCGGGCGCGGCUCUUUUGGUUUCCGCGGCGCUUUGGGUGGCUGUUGGAAGCCUCGAUGCGCCAUUUUUCCCCACCACCUAGCUGCUCGCCACUUCCCACCGUCUCUGUCUAGCUAGCAGCUAGGCAAAGCAAGGCCAUAUGGAAAACUGAAAUUGAAUUCCACCCUCAUGUAGAGAGAGAGUUAACUUUUAGUCUUGUCUCUAUGCUCUGUUUUUUGUUUUUUUGGGUUGUCCCCUGUUUUUCUUCUUCUCUCCAAUUUUGAAGCUGCUUCUUUCCAACAGUAAUUUGGUGUUGUCCCACAGCUGGGGAGGAGGAGGAGAUUUAUAUCCACCAAUAUGAAUUUGACUUGUGUGUGUUGUGAAGUGAACAAAAAGGAAGAAAAAUCAAAGGGAUGGAUUUUCGAUUUCAAAUACAUUUUUUUACUAAUGUAGUUUACUUAAUUUUACCACAUAAUCAUGCGCUGUGUUUUCGGUGCCGGACCUUAUAUGUCAUUUUUAGACGGGUUGAAUUUCUGGGGAAUGGAUAACAGAUGACAUCCGCAAAGUGAUACGCUUUGGAUUGCUGGGCGGCGGCAGUGACGUGGAGACAGUGCGCAAGCUUAUCCGUAAUUACAUCCACAAAAUCACGCUGUGUUUUCCAGUGUCGGGCCUUAUGUCAUUUUAAACGGGUUGAAUUCCAGGGAAUGGAUAAUAAAUGACAUCCACAAAAUGAUACGCUUUCGUUUGCUGGGUGGCGACAAUAACGUAGGGACAGUGCGCAGACUUAUCCAUAAUUACAUUGAAGAGAAGAAAAAUCUAAUUAUGUCUUUCAAUUUCAAAUACAUUUUAUUAAUACAAGGUAGUUUACUUAACUUACUAAAAGAUCACAGUUGUGUUUUCAUAUUUUUCAUAUUCUUCAAACGUUACAAGAUGAUACGCUUUCGUUUGCUGGGUGGCGACAUUAACAUAGGGACAGUGCGCAGACUUAUCCGUAAUUACAUUGAAGAGAAGAGAUAUCUAACUAUGUCUUUCAAUUUGGAAUACAUUUUACUAAUACAAGGUAGUUUACUUAACUCACUAAAAAAUCACAGUUGUGUUUUCAUAUUCUUCAAACAUACAAACAAGUUUUUAUAGGUGGUGUGUAUUUUCAUAUUCUGGUGGCAAAAAAAUAUUGGGGUGAGAGAGGCUCGAACUCUCGACCUCAGGAUUACUCUAUUGCUAUGAGACCUACGCGCUAACCAACUGCGCCACCACCCCAACUGUCGAUGCAAUAGUUAACACUAGUACAUAACUUGAUGAUGCAAAACGUAUAUGUAUGUGUGUGUUAUUUUUUUGUCUAACGAUAGCAAUAGGACCGGUCAUGAAAAAAUGAUGGAUAUAUGAUCCUAUUCCAACUAGUUCGUAUCUCACCGCUCUCACAUUCGAACCAUAUAAAACUAGUUCGAGUUUUAUGUUAUCAAUACCCACAUAUAUACAAGAUUCGAGUAGUAAAUAAAACUACGUUCAUAUCCAAUCACGAAUAAUAGAAUUAUCUUUAUCGUAUGAAAUAAUGUAUUGUCUAUACGAUCGUAUUAAUAUUUUUCCAUGCUAUGGCAAUUUGGCGUCGAAAGCGUAAGGAAAUAAGACGUUUACUAGGAUGAAUACGGGCAGUGGAUGAAGAGGAAAGCAGAAUUGGCGGAGAUUGCGAGGGCAUACAUAGGAAAAAUUACAAAUAACAAAUCAUCAAUACGAAGAGAGAUAAUAAAAAAAAACAACACUAAUUCACGAGAAAUAUAUAUGUGUAGUACGAAUAUAAAAUAUGUUAAGAGAAAAAUUGACAAGCAGUUCGAGUUGGAUAGUGAAAGGACCAUACUCGUUUGUUCCUCGUGAUUGGCGAGAUCAGAUUUUAUCCAUAACCACAACUAUUUCAUGUCGUUCGACUCUUUCCCAACCCAAUCAGAUCGAAUUCAGACGAGUAUCCAUAGUUAUGGAUAUUGAUUUCAUCCUAAUUUUGUGUUUACCAACUCUUCUAUCUAGCUCUCCUCUCUACCCCUUAAACAUCUCUUCAUCAUCAUAAGUGGCUGGGUAUGAAUUGGAUAAGGAGGUGAUUAGAGGCCAAUAAUGUUGGGAUGUAGCACACCUUGUUGUCAUGCUGGUUAGAUCCACUUAGUGGAAAAUUGGAUAGAGUUUAAGCGAUCACUUUGAUACAUUUCAAAGCUUAAUUAUGAUUUUGGUACAUAUACCAUAGUUCAGUGACCAUUUCAGUUAUUAACCCGUGGCAGCUGGGACAAAACGUCAUCGUCUUGGCGUAGCGGGAAGUGUUCUUCGCUUCGCGGGUAUUUCCACCCGGGAGAGGCGAUCCAACGGCUAGUUCCGCCAAUCCUUACUCCAAUUGGAUUACUAUUCCUUUUUCCAAUUGGGUUCGGUCUCCAAUUCCUUUUAACAUUAUAAUAAUAAUUCACGGGAACCCUAAUCCUUUCCUGACUCUCCCAACCCGUACCGAAUUUGUCGCAAUUUCUCCCUUCUAAGUGUUUUCACAUUUCGCGCAGUUUCUCUUCACCUCUGUUCUCUGGUUUUCCCGGGAGAGAAAGAAAAAAACAUGACGGAAAGUGUCGCCGGCAGAACCCAUGGCCGCCGAUCAGGAGGCAUUAGAGCCGGAGGAAACUCUUCCGGCUUGGAGUUUCUGGCGGACAUCGCAAGGGCAGUCACCGAUUGCGAGGAGCUCUGCGGUUGCGGUCACUACGACCCGCGCACCUGUUUCUUGACCGUCAAGAAACGCAAGUCCCUGUUGCUCCAAACCCACCAUUCUCUUCUCCUCCGGAACCCUAAAAGGAAAUCUCCGAUCAAGCUGGUAAUCAAGCACCACCAGCCACUUCCCGUACAAAAACCCGCCGAGCUCGAAGUCUCUGUUUUUCCUCCUCCUCCACCGCCGGCCGCCGUCGCUCCUGUUUCACUUCCGCUUCCAGAGAAGCCGUUGGAAUCCGCGAUUCCUCCUGCCUCUUUAACUUCCUCGGCCCUUGCGUUGGUCCCGGUGGGUUGCGCUGCUAAGAAAGGAGGAUUUCCCCUGAGUUCGAAAGCUAGGGUUUCCGCGACAGUUCCUCCCCUCUCCGUCAGUUCUCCGGCAAUGAGAUAUCUUCCGGUGGGUUUCGCUGCGCAGGACGAUGGAUUUCCAUCAAAUCUGAAAGCUAGGAUUUCGACGGCAGUCGGCGGGGAAAGCGUCUGUAACUUGGGGAGCACGUUUACUCUGGUGAUUAGGAAGAGAUUGACGACAACGGAUCUGAACCCACAUCACAGCCGCCUCUCCAUCCCCAAGAGCAACGCCCGCGAGUUAUUCCAACUUCUGACAAAUCGAGAAUGGGCGGAGCUGAGGAUUGGCGGGAGGAUCAAGUUGGGGUUUUUCUUGGACCCAGAUCUUGAGAUCGCCUCACCCACAGAAAGGUCUUGCCUUGCCAUAUGGAAGAAUGGGAGUAGCAAAGUGCCAAUGAUAACCGGCGGCGGCUGGAAAUGGGUACUGAAAGAGCAGAAAAGGCUGAAUCUGAAGGAUGAUGACUGGAUUGAGUUGUGGAGCUUCAGAACUGUAGACUCAGGGGAGCUGUGUUUGGUACUCAUCACCGCCGACACGGGAAGAAGAGUAGCUGAGAAGAAAGUUCGGGGUAUUAGAAAUGGUGAUUAUGAUGAGGAGAAGAUGCAAGUAGUGGAGCAAGAAGCCCCUGCAGCAGCCAUGGGAAGGAUCGAGCUUGGAAGUUCAAUGGACAGCAGCAGCAAUAGCAGCAUUCUCACUGAUGAAGAAGAGCAACACCACCCUGGUCUUGAUUUGACACUAAGAUUGAAAGCUCUCUGAUUAGCAUCCAGCUCUGAAGAUCUCUGCUAUGUAUAUUUUGACCAUAUAUAUGACAAAUAAUGAAUGACUGAUUAUGUU